AAAGAAUUAGAAGAACUUUUAUUAGAACAAGCUGGUGAAAAUUCCAAAUCCCCAACCCUAUCAAUCGCAAAGGCUCUUAAGAGACCCAACCACACAGCAUUUAAAUGCCCAACACCCAACUUGCUCCCACCUACCACAAAAAUGAUCUCAAAUGACGAUAUUCUCAAUUUUCUCAAGUCGCACUCAAAGAAAGCAUUUUCUUCUGCCACCACUAAUAACUGGGAUGCGAAGAGAAAAAGAGCCAUUCUACCCACCUUUUUAUGGGACAACACUGAUGAAUGGCAGCAAACAUAUUUCUCUGGGACUACUGCCACUACCAACCCUGUUAAUGACUGGACUGCCACAAUUAAGGCCUUUAAGAAACACAAGUUCAAAUGGUUGGUUAAACAAGUAGAGAUCUGUGAAAAAGUUGAAGACGCUCAGCAACUGUACUAUUUUAAGAGAGAACUAAGACCUGACAUGCUCCUGUUGGUCUUGAUGCAUAACCCUACCAACUUAAAAGGAGUCCGCAAGUUAGUACUGACCCAUGAACAAGGGACAGAUUUCGCAACCAACGCCAAUCUCGUUCAAGUCAUGAAAUCCAGGGAUCUGGAGAAGGACAUUGAGUUCCUAACAAAGCAAAUGCAACAGAUAUUACUUAACUAUGCAACUAUCGCCUCUGCCUUAAUCACGCAAACCACUGCUGGACUAUCUAAACCACCUAAACCUACCACCGCCAUCAAGACCAGGCCGAUUUGUUAUAGAUGUGGUGAAAAAGGACAUUUCGCUCGGAAUUGUCUAUCGAAAAGAAGACCAACUACUGGGUCACCUCCACCUAGGGAUGGCAAAUGUUUUAAAACGCGAUCUUAA